CACAUUUUCACUUCUAGCCAUCAAAGUUUGCUUAAUACUUAUGGAACCUGUGAACGAUUUUCACUAUACUUCGCCAUUUUCUUAUCACAACACUAAGGAUCAAUAUACUUUGCCACUUUCUUAUUUUGAAACAGAGAAUAUGUCAAACGUGCCAUCGUCGUUCUAUUUUGGCAUCUAUAAUCACGACUUACCAGCAGCUCCUUAUUUUAAUACUGACAAACACGAUAUCAAUAUCGAAGAACACGAUAUUGCAGAUGCCUUAUCAACUUCCUUUAACACCUACAAAUGUGAUACUGCAAAUUCUUUGUCGCCACCAUAUUUUAAUACCUAUAAUAGCAAUAAAAACGUUUGGUUGAUAUCGAACCAUUAA